ACUGUGGGGACAAUGUCACACCAAAGCCCAGCCACGCAAUCACGGGAUCACACGGGCGUUUCACCCCACGGCACGGAGCAGGGAGAGGCGGCAGCUGGGCCUGGGGAAGGCUUCUUCCAGGAGGGAAGGUUACGUAAGGUUACGCUUAAUCACAGGACGCAAAGCAGCAACUCGUUACCAAGUUUCUCCGUAAGUUCUGUCCUUCAGCUUCUUCUCAAGCAUUCAGUGGCUGCUGUAGCUUCCUGCCUUAGGGACCAGGAGAGAAUGCUCCAAUGGAGAGGUUCCAGAAGUUCGUUUUACUUCCUUUCAUCUUAGCUACCUCGUUCACAGCUCUUGGCUUUUGUUAUUCUAUUCUGGACGGCCCUGCUAAUGCUACAGUCCUUGCUGGUUCAGAAGCCCGGUUUAAUUGCACAGUGGCGAAUGGAUGGACAAUUCUCAUUUGGUUGUUGAAUGCAAAUCCUGUCCUCACUGUCAUUAAUUCUCAUGGACCUAUUGAAACGUCAGAUCGCUUCACCUCUCAUAGUUACAACAACAGUCAAAGUUUCACCUCAGAGCUGAUCGUCCACAACACUCAGCUAAAUGACUCUGGAAAAAUUGAGUGCAGCAUCCAGAAGCUUGAUGGUAGCAGCUUUGCCUUUCUUUCUGUGCAAGUUAAUGGAUCUUUACUCAUGAAAAACAGCACCUUAAUAGUUAAAGAGAACACAACAGUUGAAGUUGUUUGUGAAGCCUUAGGAUGGGCUCCAGCUCCAGAAAUUACCUGGAUGACAAAUGACUCUCUCAUUGAUAAGUCCAGGUAUGUUACCCAGCAAAGUCAAGGAUCUAACAGCCUCCACAAUGCCCUGAGUGUCCUGACUUUGACUCCAAUGAACACUGAGAUUUUGACAUGUUUAGCUGAUAUAGAAGCACUCCCUAACCCUCAGAAUGCGACCAUAGCAGUUAUUGUUGGCAACUCUACUCUAGACGGCAGUUACAGUGAAGACAGCACAAGCACGUGGGUUAUUGCACUAGCAGUUGUGUUUUCAAUUGUUGGUUUUAUUCUUCUGAUAAUUCUUAUUUGGGUUGUCGUGCGCUGCUGCUGCCUAAAGAAAGGAUCCACAUAUGAAAAUGAAGUGAGGAAAAUUUCAAUUAAGAAGAAAACAGAUGAGCAUUUGGGAAACAGACAAAGGAGCGGUAGCAAAAAUCAGGGAUAUGUUCCAGAGGAACCACAUUACACAGGACAAAUCCCAACAGUUGUUUCUCUUCCUCCAAUGUCUACAAAGUUCACUGUCCCUCAUCCAGAUUUACAUACCAGUUCUGCACCAAAGUUGCCAGACCUGAGGAAGAAUGGAUAUGAGAUGGAGGCGCAGAUGAAUGGACGACCUCAAAGACAUACCGAUUAUCCAGUCAACCCAAAGAAAAUUAGAAAUGUGACACAUGUUUAAGAUGGACUUCUGAAAAUUCUUACCUGAGUUGCAUUUUAUGGAUUUGAAUGGCUUCCUGUGACAGGGAAAGGUCACCACCAGUUCUCUCAAUUUAAGCUAUAAGUUAUUAUGUUUUUGUUUAUUUCUCUUGUUAUGAAAUAAAAUUGCAACCUUUACCAAUGUAGUAUUUGAUAGCUCAGCAAAAUAAUGGAUGCAAAUGACUACCUUAAAUUCAGAGACAACAAAUAUGAUGAGAAUCUACAAGAACAAGAAUGUAUCGUUUCGAUUUCAAGAAAAUCAACAAAACUCCUACUAGACAGAAAUGUCCAGCUAUCCACAGCGAGGUGAAGGACUGGAACUGCUGGUGAUUAAGUAGUUUAGAGGAACUGGUUAAUAAUAAUACUGGUUAAUGCAAUAUCUACUGCAUUUUAAAAAAAAAUACAGCUGAUUAUCUCAAGCUCAUAGUACUUUUCAAUUUAUGUUCUGUAAUAAAAUCAAGGGGAGUUUUGACAGAAAGCAAAAAUCUUAAGCUGAAAAAUGUGGAUUUCAAAUGACUGAUUUUUAAGAGCUGUUGAUUCAGUGCUUAAUGUCUCUGAUCUGUUUGGGAAUGAGUUUGGCAGAUAAAUUAUGUGGAUCACAGUAAAGGAUGGCUGAUGGUGUUCACCCUGUCAUUCCAUCAUGGAUAGAGUUGAUAAUGACCAGGAGAAACACAUUUUAGCUGAGCAAUCCAGCCAAUAGAUCAGGUCCUGCAGAAGGACCUUAUAUAUACCUUCUCAAUCUAAAAAGUACACUUUCCAGCUGGAGUGUUUUAUGUGAAAUUCUGUAUUUCAUAAAAGAAAUGCUUAAGCAAUUUUAUUUUUAUACAAAGGCAAACUUCUUCCAUUGCCCUUGUCUUUUUACCCACUCAAGGCAUUCUGAACUAUUCAGUGUUUUGCAUGUUAAUUUUCUGCAUGAACCUAUGCAGGUGAUCUUUGAGUAAAGACGCUGUUGCACAAAAAUACUUUCAGUGUUAAUCAGUGCAAUGAAAAUAAGAAAUUUGAAACUUGAUCUCAGGAAAAAAAAUAUUGUUUUGUUUGUUUAGCAGUUAGGAUCUCAUUAAAUUGUGACAGAUUUUGCAUUGCUGGUCAUAUUUCCAGUCAGUCUGUCAGAACUAGUGCUGGGACUAAUUCAUCUUCUGCCAUAUGUAAUCGUAUACAAAGCUCUUUCAGAUUCUGGCAGCCUCCACUCUUUCUGUCUUGUCUGGUUGAAGAAGGAACUUUGAAAUGCAUUCUCUUUGAAUGGAAUUGUAGCAAAAACAUGGUAUAUAAAUAACUAUGGUGUUAUACAGAGAAAAUAUAAUUUGUGAAAAUGUAGGUAUUUGUGGAAUAUCUUUGUUUUUUCUUUGAAUAACUAUGCAUUGGGAGAAAGAUCUGCCUUAUUCUGGUAUGAGUAUUGGUACUGCUGACAUCUCCUAGUUGAUAAUGCAGCUCAGUGCAACCUGAAAACCAAUAAAAAUCCACUUUAUUACUGAAAUGCCCACUGCACAAAACAGAUAGGCUGAGGGUAACAUCAGCCUGUGCCUUUGGGUAAAAUCCAUGGACCUUUGGCUUUCUGAGCACAUGCAUGGUUAGCAAGCC